GAGUUUUGGGUGAUGGGUGGCUAUGGCGAGUCCCGGACGAUUUCGGGAGUGUUUCCAGUGGAUGAGUAUUACAGAGAUGCCGUGGUGAUGGAACUGAGGAGCGGUAAUGGCGGUGGGAGGUGGAGGCAAAUUGGGGAUAUGUGGGAAGAGGGGGAAAGAAGGAGACUAGGAAAAAUUGUGGUGAUUGACAACUAUAACCGUGGACAACCUGGGAUUUUCAUGCUUGAUGGCGAUGAAUUCUUCAGAUACGAAAUGGCAUCAAACAGAUGGGUUGAAGAAUCAAGGGUACCAAGAAAAUCUCCUUUCAACUCAUCAUAUGGCCUUGUUGCAUUGAAUGGAGAAUUGUAUGUUAUAUCACUCAUGAAGACAGAAUCUGCAGAAGCGCGACGGCUGCGACAUCAUAAGAAAGGAGGAACACUGUACAUGCAAAUCUACAAUCCUCAGAAGAAGACGUGGAGAUCGCUCGUUACCAGGUCGCCUUUUCACCACCCCAUGGAUUUCGAUACUGCCGCUAUGUGUACGGUCCGUAUGUGAAAUGUCAAUACAUACCUCUGUAAUCAACUGCUUACAGAAUUAGGCAGAUGUUGAUUGUUAUUCUCUGCGAUUCCUUUCAUGUACAUGUUUAGAAAUAUUUACAGGGAACCUUUUUUUCUCCUUCCUGGAAAUAAGUUCAUAAACACAACAUUUGUAUAUGCAUGAUAUUUUUAUGUAAAGUCUUUCCACACAGCUUAUCUGGGGAUAAUUCCUGAAUCUGUCUGUGUAUUCAUGUCUUCGUUACACAAUAGAACACUGAAAUGAAGUUGUAAUGAACCAAAAUCAAAACAUGGUUGGAAAGAAAAUUAGAGAGCUUAUCUUUUGGAACUA